UGGGGGGGGCGGGGCGGAGCGCGGAGCGCGCAUGCGCGGCAGCGCUAGCGCUCUCCCCGGACCGUGCGGGGCCUGAGCCUCUCGGCCGCCGGCGCAGAUUCGGCCCGCGCCAGCACUCCCUGGCCGCCAUGUCUACCACCCUCAAGCGGGAGUUCGAGGAGCUGGAUGCUCAGUCUCGCUGGCAGCAGCUGUACUUGGAAAUUCGAAAUGAGUCUCAUGACUAUCCUCAUAGAGUGGCCAAGUUUCCAGAAAACAGAGAUCGCAACAGAUACAGAGAUGUGAGCCCAUAUGAUCAUAGUCGUGUUAAACUGCAAAAUACUGAAAAUGAUUAUAUUAAUGCCAGCUUAAUUGACAUAGAAGAGGCACGAAGGAGUUACAUCUUAACACAGGGUCCACUUCCUAACACAUGUUGUCACUUCUGGCUCAUGGUUUGGCAGCAGAAGACCAAAGCGGUUGUCAUGCUGAACCGAAUUGUGGAGAAAGAGUCUGUUAAAUGUGCACAAUACUGGCCAACAGAUGACCGAGAGAUGCUGUUUGAAGAAACUGGAUUUAGUGUGAAGCUCUUGUCUGAAGAUGUGAAGUCAUACUACACAGUACAUCUACUACAAUUAGAAAAUAUCAAUAGUGGUGAAUCCAGAACAAUAUCUCACUUUCAUUAUACUACCUGGCCAGAUUUCGGAGUACCUGAAUCACCAGCUUCAUUUCUCAAUUUCUUGUUUAAAGUGAGAGAAUCUGGCUCCUUGAACCCCGACCACGGGCCUGCGGUGAUCCACUGUAGUGCAGGCAUUGGACGCUCUGGCACAUUCUCUCUGGUAGACACAUGUCUUGUUCUGAUGGAAAAAGGAAAUGAUAUUAACAUUAAGCAAGUGUUACUGAAUAUGAGAAAAUACCGAAUGGGACUUAUUCAGACGCCAGAUCAACUCAGAUUCUCUUACAUGGCCAUAAUUGAAGGAGCAAAGUGCAUAAAGGGAGAUUCAAAUAUACAGAAACGGUGGAAAGAACUUUCUAAGGAAGACUUAAGCCCUGCUUUUGAUCAUUCACCAAACAAAGUAAUGGUUGAAAAGUACAAUGGGAACAGAGUAGUUCUAGAAGAAGAGAAACUGACAGGUGAUCGGUGUACAGGACUUUCCUCUAAAAUGCAAGAUACAGUGGAGGAAAACAGCGAGAGUGUUCUACGGAAACGUAUUCGAGAGGACAGAAAGGCUACCACGGCUCAGAAGGUGCAGCAGAUGAAACAGAGGCUAAAUGAGACUGAACGAAAAAGAAAAAGGUGGUUAUAUUGGCAACCUAUUCUCACUAAGAUUGGGUUUGUGUCAGUCAUUUUGGUUGGCACUUUGGUUGGCUGGACACUUUUUCACCAACAUGUCCUAUAAAUAAAGUUUUGCCUGGCAAGCUUCUGCACUAAUUGCCGACAGUGCUGCAUUAAUCUCAAGGGUUUGUCUGUUAGCAGCAAAUGCCUCAUACCCCAAAGUUGGUGCAGUAGAAUAGACAUCAGCCAGAUAAGUGAUAUUUACAGUCACAGGCCCAGCCUCUCAGGAUCUUCACUGCAGGUUCCUCUGAAACCCAAGCUGUAAACUGCUCUAAAAUAAAGACAUUGGUGUUUGUGAAAAACUGGUACAUUUUGCAGCUGUAUUCACACAUGUCAAACGUAAUACUUUCUUUGCCUGACCAACAUUGAGAAAUCCUUUAUUAUAAGGAUUGGUUUUGGAGGCUAUCCGGAUUUAACCUGCAUUUGACAUAGCAAUAAAUAUUGUGGUUUUAUCUACAUUAUUAAUGGAAAGAAAAUGUCAUUUAAAUGUGUGUAAUGUAUAAUGUACUGUUGAUAUGGGCAUCAACACUUUAUAUACCUAACCAUUUCAGGGUAAAGAUAAUUUUAUAAGUAUUUAAUCUUACUUUUGUAGUUAAGUGUAAUUUUUAAAAGCUCAAUUUGAAGUCUUACCAUAAAACAAUGUAAAUUGUAUGUUGAUUCAAUUGUAUACUGGAUACAUUUUUCCUUUUCCUAAAGGAAAAGUUUGAUAUGAGCAGUUAGACCUGUGGAUAGCAAUUUCUAUACGUAUUUGCGUUUCCUUUAUGUUUUACAGUUAGCUCUGUUUUAAAAAAAAAAAAAGUCAAAGACACAACAUUUUUCUGUGUGUAUCUUUGAAGGAAAAUUCUUAUUGAAUAGUAAAGUAACAGUUGGUCAAGACUUUGUAAAGGGAUUGAUUUCUGCCAGGUGUGGUAAUACACUCCUGGGAAGCUGAGGCAGGAGGAUCACAAGUUUGAGGCCAUCCUGAGCUACAUAGCGAGUUCGAAUACAGCCUGAGCAACAUAGUGAGACCCUAUCUCAAAAAGAAGAAAGAAAAAAAGAAAAGAAACUGGAUUCUGUAAAGCCCACGCAUGACUCAUACUGGGUUUUGUUUUAUUUUGUUGUUUUUUGUGAAAUUUUCAAUGUAAUUACCCUAAUUUAUAAUGGGGUAAGUCAUGAUUUAGUUUUAAGUAAAAGAAGCACUAAACUUCAGUUCAGUAGACUGAAGUUUUGAAGUAAGAUUUUUUUCAAGUUCUCUUUUCUUCAAUAAAUAGUGUCGUGAUGUGUAAACCUUACAUUGUCCCUUUAACUUCUUAACAGUAUUUUUAAAAUAUAUUGUCUAAUGAAUUUUAACUGCUCAUUUGAAUCUCAUUCAGCAUUCCAUUCAGUAUUUGAUUCGUUCAGCUUAAAUUUUAAGUGGAUGGUAUAAAUUGAAAUGCUAGCUGACAUUCACUGGUUUUCUAACUCCAUACAUUGGAGCUCCAGAAAGGUUACCAAGAGGUGGCAGAGAAAGGUUUCAAGCUACUAACCACAGCAUCCCUGCUUUGUCUCUUUUAAUACACCCUGUAAGAUUUCUGCCAAGACUUAAGUUGUCUUGGAGGAGGCAGCUGUCAUUUAAAAGCAGUUUGAAAACCAUUUGUAUAGGUAGGUGUUUUGAAGUGAUUUGAAUAGCUUUCUUGAAUGUAUCAAAUGUGUGAAAGUAGGAUGUAGGUGGUACUAUAUUAAAUAAGAUCUAUGUACAUGUGCCUGUGUCCUAAUUCAGUAUUAUUGUGUCCUAUAACCUUGAGAUGGAAAAGAGGUAAGGGAGACUUGCUUAUGUCUUUUUGUAUUAAACCUAUCUUUAGGCAUCAAAAUCCUAUUGGUCAUUAAUUGGUUUAGGCUUUUAUCCUUGCUGUAAUAUGGUCUGUUACCCCCAAAGUCAAAUGGGGAUAAGUCUUAGGAGCUUUCUACUUGAAAAUAGCCUUGACUUAAGCAAAAGUAUAAAGACUUCUUCCAGGAAAUAAAUAAUGAUAAGACUGUG